UUUCUGGUGUUUGUGUUUUCCUCUUCAUUUUACGUUUCCCGCACACCCUUUUCCAAAGCUAAUUCGAAUCAGUGUGACGAUGAGCGCCAUUUACACGACUGACGAGUACGGCAGACCGUUCAUUAUUGUCCGCGAGCAGGACAAGAAGUCGCGCAAGACGGGCAUUGAGGCGACCAAGUCGCACAUCAUGGCGGCAAAGACCGUCGCCAACAUUGUUCGCACAUCGCUCGGACCGCGUGGCCUGGACAAGAUCCUGAUUUCUCCGGACGGCGACAUCACUAUCUCGAACGACGGAGCCACGAUUAUGUCGCAGAUGGCGGUGGAGAAUCAGAUUGGCAAGCUCCUUGUCGAGCUGUCCAAGUCGCAGGACGAUGAGAUCGGUGACGGAACGACCGGCAUUGUGGUUCUGGCUGGCGCGCUGCUGGAGCAGGCUGAGGAGCUGCUGGACCGCGGCAUCCACCCGAUUCGCAUUUCCGACGGGUUUGAGAAGGCGUGCAAGAUUGCGGUUGCACAUCUGGACGAGGUGUCGGACGUCAUUCCGUGGAGCAAGAACGACACGUCUGAUCUGUUCAAGUGCGCAAAGACUAGUCUGGGCAGCAAGAUUGUGAACAAGUGCCAUGACCAGUUUGCGCAGAUCGCGGUGGAUGCCAUUCUGUCGGAUGUCGAUUUCGAGCUGAUCAAGAUGGAGGGCAAGGUUGGCGGAGAGAUGGCCGACACAGCGCUGGUGCACGGCGUGGUUAUCGACAAGGACUUCUCGCACCCGCAGAUGCCCAAGGAGAUCAAGGACGCCAAGAUUGCGAUCCUGACGUGCCCGUUCGAGCCGCCCAAGCCCAAGACCAAGCACAAGCUCGACAUCACAACCGUCAAGGAGUUUGAGGAGCUGCAGAAGUUUGAGCGCGAGACAUUCGAGAGCAUGGUGCAGCGGGUCAAGGACUGCGGCGCCAACGUGGUUGCGUGCCAGUGGGGAUUCGACGACGAGGCCAACUCGCUGCUGCUGCAGCACAAGCUGCCAGCCAUCCGCUGGGUGGGCGGCCCCGAAAUCGAGCUGCUGGCUAUUGCCACCAACGGCCGGAUUGUGCCGCGGUUUGAGGACCUGAGCAGCGCCAAGCUGGGCUCUGCAGGCACCAUCCGCGAGCUGGCGUUCGGCACGACCAACGAGAACAUGAUUGUGGUUGAGGACUGCGCCAACUCGAAGGCCGUCACGGUGUUUGUGCGUGGUGGCAACAAGAUGAUUGUCGACGAGGCCAAGCGCUCGCUGCACGACGCCAUGUGUGUGGUGCGUAACCUGAUCACUGACAACCGCGUCGUGUACGGUGGUGCUGCUGCUGAGAUCAGCUGCUCGAUCGCCGUCGAGAAGGCAGCCGACCAGGUGUCGUCGAUCGAGCAGUAUGCGAUGCGCUCGUUUGCACGCGCGCUGGAUGCGAUCCCGCUGGCGCUGGCCGAGAACAGCGGCCUGCCACCUAUCGAGACACUGUCGUAUGUCAAGAGCCAGCAGGUCACCGAAGGCAACUCGCGGCUGGGCGUCGACUGCAUGGACACCGGCAUCAAUGACAUGAAGGAGCAGUUUGUCUUCGAUCCGCUGAUCUCGAAGCGCCAGCAGUUCCUGCUUGCCACGCAGCUGGUCAAGAUGAUUCUGAAGAUUGACGACGUCAUUGUCCACAAGGCCGACGACCAGCAGUAAGGCAGACGGUCGAGCCCGAUCGUUCAGGCGCUGCGCUGUCCGAGCAAUAGUCGGCUGCCUUUUUUUCCAAAAAGAAAUACAAAAUCACUCUAUUUCCGCUGAUUAAUUGCCAUGUCUUCUUGCAACAGGGCCCGGUCGUACAGGAUGCAGAGCGAAUGCCUGUCGGCCAUCCCAGUGCCUGGAACCGAUCUUUUUCUUCCUUCUUCGAUCGUGCAGCCCUUCGCUUCCUUUCUGACCUGACUUUUAAUAAUUACUACACUUUUUCUGCACCGACAUAAUGGACCGCUGGUGAAUAUGAGCAGGCUACUAUCGUAUAUCGUACUGCUGGUAUCUGUAUUCUCGAUUCUCGUGAACAGCGCUGAUCAGCUGGCCAUCGAC